GGUGGAGUGGGGGAAGAGGGGAGCGUAGGGAACGAGGGGAGUGUGGGGGACCAGGGGGUCGUGGUGGAUGAGGUGGUCGGGGAGGACGAGGGGGUCGUGGGGGACGAGUUGGGUGUAGGAAAUGCGGGGGAUGAGGUGUACGUGGGAGCCGUGGGGGAUGAGGAGUGCGUGGGAGAUAUGGAGGGUGUGGGGGACGAAGGAGGUAUGGAUGACGAGGGGGGCAUGAGGAAUGAAGUGUGUGUGGAAGAUGAGAAGGGUAUGGUGGAUGAGAGAGGCGAGGGGGCAAUUGGCGACGAGGUGGGUGUGGAAAACGUGGGGGGUGUGGAGGAUGAGGUGGACGAAGGGAUGAGGUGGACGAAGGGAACGUGGUGGAAGAGGUGGAAUCCUUUUGUGGAGACGGUUGGCGACUGUGAUAAUGCGGCCGUGGUGACGACGUUGGUGAGCGCGCCCACCUGCGACGUGGUAACGGAGCGGCCGGGCCGCUCUGUGGAGCUCGCGGGUAACACUGUGCCGGGUAACGCCGAGGAGUCGACCGCCGAGCCCCUGCGGGAAAGCGUGAACGACGUCGUCGGAGCACAGAUGGAGGGCGACGCGUCCGAGGAUGUCUCGCCGGGCUCCGAGUCGGCACGUGGUUUUGCUGCGUCGGCGCCGCUCGUCGGGGAGAACGGCGCGGAUGAGGGCACCGGCUCUCCCCGGGCACGGCGCGAGAGCGAGGUGAUCGUGCAGUCCCCCUUGUACCCGCUCGACCUCCUCAAGAGGCUGAACGACGAUCGGCUCGGGGAGGCCCGGUUCUGCGACGUCACCAUCGCCGUGCAGGACGGGCGCUUCCCGGCGCACCGCGCCGUGUUGGCCAUGGCAAGCUCGUACCUCGGCUCGCUGCUGCAGCACCAUUGCGGCUGUGCCACCGUCCGCCUGGGUAAGGCGGGCGCCGGCGAGGAGGAGGUGCCGACGACGAUGGGCGUGGGAAGUGUCACAUCGCCCGCGUUUGCGCGUCUCAUGGAGUUCCUCUACACCGCCGAGUUCCGGCUGCAGUCGAGUGACGUUUCGGCCGUUCUGGGCACGGCCAGGGAGCUGCAGAUGGAGGAAGCGGUGCGGGUGCUUACCGCGCGGGACGCGGAGGCGGUGCCACUCGGAGAGCGGCUGGGACACAGCACCGACGUUGAUGGUGGUGGUCCCGCGCAGGCACCGGCGGAACCCGGCACGUCGUCGGGCUGCGACGGCAGCGGGGAAACCAGCAACCUGGCAGGGACCAGCCCAGAUGACCGGCGUGGUGGCACCGGUGGUGCCGGGCCGGUCGGUGUGGAUGCCAGUGACCCGGUCCCGAGCGGCACCGGCUGUGCCGCCCCCAGCUAUCGGUGUCCCGCGUGUCCCAAAUGUUUCACCUACAAGAAAUCUUUUGAGAACCACGUACUGCGACAUCACCCCGCCGAGCGGACCGAACAGGGCCUAUCUGGCGCCAGUGAUGGUGGUGUGUUUCUCAAUGUGACGCCCGGUGUGACACCCCAGGACAAAGCGGCCACCACCGUAGCUCAAACGCGGCGUUCCCAGCGUACCCCGUGCCCCACCACCAAGCGGAAACUGAGUGUUGCUGGCGUCUCUAUGGCAACAGAAGAAACGGCGUCGCGGCAACCCCCGUCCUCCUCCUUCUCGGUCUCCUCAUCCUGCUCGAACUCCGCGGGGAGGUCCUCGCGGAGGAGCGGGUUGCAGACGGAUCACGAGAAGAGUGCGGCGCUGCCGAGGAAAAGGCCUUGCCGGGGCGGCGCUGGCACCGCCGACCGGGUCAUCGCACCCUCAGGGCAGUACGAGGAGGUCGGCGCCGCCGCCAUAGCGACCGACGACCCAGUGGAAAGCGGUUACCACGACGAUGCAAAAAACAACAUUUUGAGACACGAGGAUGAAGCUGCGGCCAUGACAAUAGCACCGGGUGGAGCCGACGUAAAGCCUGGAGACGGUGAUGAUGAGGACAAGAGGGCGGCAACGGCGGAAGACGAGAAGGCGGAGAACGAGGAGGAGCAGGAGGGAGGCAGCGACGGUGGUGGUGCCAGGAGCGACGGUGCUCGGGGCACGAUCUCGUCCGCCCGCAAGCCCCGGGCGAGGCUCGCGGAGCGGAGGAUCCCACCCGUGCUGGCGCCGUUGCUGCCCACCGGAGGGAAAAGGCUGUUUGAGUGCCCGAGAUGCCACAAGGCCUUCGACAGGAAGGGGAAGUACGCGUGCCACGUGCGCAUCCACACGGGCGAGAAACCCUUCUCCUGCAAAAUGUGUGACCAGCGCUUCACUUCCAAGUCCAACCUCACGGCGCACGCCAAGCGCCACGGCCGCCGGCUUGGACUACGGCCGGCUCGCGGGCCCCGGCCGGGCCGGCGGGGCGACAGAGCGACAGUGACGGUGCCGGGGACGCGCGGGCCCUCGUCGGCAGCUGCGGCAGCCGGAGAGGACGAGGGGCCGGAGGAGGCAGACUCCGAGCCGGAUGCUGAUGCCAGGGAGGGACGCCCUCAGUUGCAGUGCCAGGUAUGUGACAAAUGGUUCCAGCGGCGCGCGCACCUGGAGGAGCAUGGCAUCCUGCACACGGUGGCGACGCCGUUCCCCUGCGGAUUCUGCCCCGAGAGCUUCCGCUCGCGUUUCGCUCGUCUCAAGCACCAGGAGAAGACGCACCUGGGGCCCUUCCCGUGCAACGUGUGCGGCCGCGCGUUCAACGACUCGGGCAACCUCAAGCGCCACGUGGACUGCACGCACGGUGGCAAGAAGAAGUGGACGUGCAACGUGUGCGGCAAGGCCGUGCGGGAGAGGACCACCCUCAAGGAACACAUGCGCAUCCACAGUGGAGAGAAGCCACACCUUUGCAGUGUCUGUGGGCAACGGUUCCGUCACAGCAGCACCUACAGGCUGCACGUGCGUGUGCACCAGGAGGACCGGCGCUACGAGUGCGAGUCGUGCGGAAAAACCUUCAACCGACAAGACCACCUCUCCAAGCACAAGAAGACUCACUCCGGGGAGCGCACUCACAUGUGCGAGGAGUGUGGGAAGUGUUUUGGACGCCGGGACCACCUGAACAUCCACUACAAGAGCGUGCACCUGGGGGAGAAGAUCUGGCAGAAGUACAAGCCGAGCCUGCACGAGUGUGAGGUGUGUAAGAAAGUGUUCAAGGGGAAGUCCAGCCUGGAUAUUCACUCCCGCACACACUCAGGCGAGCGUCCCUUCGAGUGCUCCAUCUGCGGCCAGGGCUUCCGCGUCAAGAAGUCUCUGGCCAAGCACAUGGUGACGCACUCGGAAGAGCGGCCCUACCCGUGCCCGCACUGCAGCGCCUCCUUCAAGCGCAAGGACAAGCUGAAGUACCACCUCGACCACGUGCACUGGCCCAAGGCCGAGCCGGCGCCGCCGUCCCUCGGCCCCUCCGACUCGGCCGCCGAUCCCGGCGCGAGCAGCGAGGGAUCGCCGUUGGAGGCGGCGUACGUACGCGCGCCGGGCGACGACGAGGCCGUGGGGGGCGACCUCCGCGUCGCGCUCGCCCCGCCGCCGGCGCCCCCUCGCCCGCGCCCGGCGCCGGAGCGGGCCGCCGCUCCGGCGCCCGCCCCGGCGUCGUCGCGGCCGCCCGCGAUCCCGGCGCGGUCGGCCUCGCCGGCCGCCUCCUCCGCGGCGCGGGACGGCGAGACCGCCCGGCGGCGGUCGGCGCGAGCGGACGGCGCCGACGCGGCGGGGACCCCGGCCCCCUCCCCGGAGCUCUCUCCGCCGUCCCCCCGCCGGGGGGGGCCGUCGGAGCUGGCGCCGGACUCGACGCUGGAGGGGGAAGCGCUGCCCUCGGAGCUGGAGUUCCUGGAGAAGUACGGGUUGGCGCCCCAGCCGGCCAGCCUGCUGCACCCGGUGACCGGCGCCGAGCUGGGGGGCCCCGCGUCGCGGGACCACGCCUACCUGGGGGCCCUGCUCUCGCUGGAGGACGUGCGGGGCCCCGCCCUCCACGACUAGCGCCGGGGGAGAGCACCCGUGAGACGGGGCCACGCGGACGGGGGCGGCCGCACCUCCGGGCGGCCUGCGUGCGUGCGCCAAUAGUGGGCGGCGCCGCCUUCUUACUCGAAUGAACCUUGGGAUGGUGCUCGCCUCCUGCUCAUCAGCCGGUGGUGGAAAUUCCACGUUACUAUGGUGGGGGCUUUAGUCGAUCCAUUGGAGACAACACGGCAGCAGAAAGUCGUAAAGACUCUUGAAGGACGCAGCCAGGUCGAGGCAGCUGGGUGAAAGCUCACCCAGCUGCCCGGUUGUGACGUUCAUGGACACUGAGGUUUGGGGUACGGAGGGGUGGGCGGAAGGCCCCCUGCCAGGUUCUUGACUCAUUAAACGUGACUGGUGUCACACUCAGUCCACUC